AUGGCCCCCAACGAUGCUGAAGGUCCAAAAAAUUUUAAAGACGUUCUCCUUAUCACUCAAUUAUGCCAUUUCCCUAUAUUUUUUGUGUCGUUUGGUCUCUCGGUGGACCCGGACAAUCUGCAACUAGAAUGGACGCAGACACUGGUAUACCAACACUAUAUUCUUUAUAUUUGUCUCUUUUUCUUCGUGUUUGCUGGAAUUAUUGGUCUGAAAAUACUCCUGGAGGUGUUGACCAAGCCGGAGCCAUUGACAAAGUGUCGGAGGGAUUUAUCGAUUGGAUAUGGAGGGAUGAUAAUCUGUGGGAUAAUACCUCAAGUUCUGAAAGUGAUUCUUAUGGAAAACGUGAAAGACCUGUUAGCGUUCUCCGCCAUCUGCGCGGUCUCCAAUUUUCUAUUUCUUGGGUUAUUCGUUUUGGAGCAUCACCAGAACUAUGGCACUUCGAAAAAGGCGUCAAAAGAGAUAUGCGCUGGAAUCCUUCGAUUCAUAAUGAUGAUACUACAUCUUGCAAUCACAGGAUAUUUUUUAAAACGCUUUGUCCGCGGAAUAUAUAGCAAAAAGCAAACGGAAAACACGGAGAAAUUGAUUUUCUUGUAUACUGGCUGUUAUAUUUCGUGUACUGCUGAGUUCGCAGUGGUUUUGGCGGGGUGGAUCAGGCUGAAAGACCGCCCUCAGUUACCACCUGGCGAAGGAUAUAUAUUACCUGUGGUGGAUACUGUAGCACCUAUGAGGGAGAUGUACCGGGAUCUACAUAGAUCUCUUGGCUACACCGCUAUUAGCGAUUCCAACUUGUGCGAGAUUGAAACUUGUCGUUUCUAUACUACCGUCCAUCAAGAAUCACAACAUAUUGUUAGGGUUACUGUACCUACAGUACCCACGGAACAGGAGCAAGAAGAGACAACUGGAAACUCCACCAGCGGCACCGAAUGCAACAUCUGCAUGCUUCGCUACACCCCCACUACAGUAAUCCCCAGAAUGCUCGUUGGAUGUGGACAUACAGUAUGCCAGGAGUGUAUCCAGAAGAUUCCAAGACAAGAUAUCCUAUCUGUACUCUGUCCGUUUUGUAGGAAACCGACAAGUUUGCCGGAUAACCUUCCCAACCGUCUACCCAAAAACUAUGCCAUCCUGGAUAUCAUUCAUAAUUUGGAGAAAUAA